AGGUCGGACUGAUGUUGAUGGAGCUGAGUAAAGCGGGCGGAGGCAUCAUGGACGCCGUGGACUACAGGGACCACCUGAGACUCUCAGCAGGGAGGAUGAGCUGGUGGAGGGAGGAGGACCACAGGGAGGAGGAUCAGGAGGAUCAGGAGCUGGUGGAGCUGCUGCUCCGAGGCACAGCACCCUGGGGCUUCACCUUGAGGGGGGGCACGGAGCACCGGGAGCCCCUGCGCAUCACUAGGGUGGAGGAGGGCAGCGUGGCGGCGGCAGUGCGUCUCCAGGCCGGUGAUGAGAUGAUGAGCGUGAACGCCGUUCCCCUCAGCGGCUCCCGGCAGGAGGCCAUCUGUCUGGUGAAGAGCUCUCACAAGACCCUGACCCUGGUGGUCCGAAGGAAGAAUGAUCCGGGGGGUCGCCCCCAUUCCUGGCACGCCUCCAAGCUGACAGAACAGGAGUCAGAGUCCGCCAGGCGGAAGGCCACCUCAGCCAAUCUGGUCUGGCAGCCAAAACAUGAGGAAAAGUCCAAAGAGUCAUCCAACCAAGGGGACCAGAACACCCCGCGUCAGCUAGCCAGCCAGUUCAGCUCAGCAAAAACCAUGGAGAGACUGGAGCGUGCCCCUCAUGCGUACCCCCCAGGUCGUUAUUCCCCAACUAAAUACAUCAACAGUGCUGAGCCCCUCUGUGGACCAGCAGCCAGAAGACACUCUGGGCUCAGCUGUUUCUCGAGCACCUCCAGCCCUCCGGUUCCUGACCCCAGCACAUCUGACAGGAAGGGGACCAGCACUGAAAGUAUUUUCUUCAAGGGCCCUCAGGGUGCAGGGCCUCAGCAGGCGGAGCGGUCCAGGUACCUGCAGCCGACGCCGGGGAACGGAGCCCGGGAGGGACCACGGGGCGAGGAUCCGCCUGCAUCUCGGGUCUCCGUCUCAGGAAGACCCAGCAUCAGCCAAGUGUGGCAAGUACCAGAGAAAAAGAAGUCCCAGUCUCCUCCUCCCCCACCUCCUCCCCUGCGCAGUGACAGUUUUGCCGCCACAAAGGUGUUCCCUUACUCUGAAGGGCCUAGUGAUCCAGCAAAGAGCCACAGCAGGUCAGUCGCAAAACCGACAGACCAAAACGGCCUCAGAUCUCACCAGGAGAAAACCUCAACGGGCAGACAUAACUUCACCCCCCUCCCAACCAUGGACUUCCUUCAUCCCAACACGGCAGCCAUCCACAACCACAACCAGCUGCAUCCCAACAAACUCUUCUCGCUUUCCAGCAAUGACGUCCGACAGCCUCAUCACACCCAGCUACCUGCCCACCAGAGGCAACACAGUGAUGAAAGCCCCCUCUACCUAAAGACCAGGUCAGCUCCUCCCACCAAGAUUCAGAGUGUAGGGAGCUACUAUCGCAGCCUGCAGGAUCUGCCCACAAACACCUUCAGCCGCAAACAUGUCCGGCACUCCACAGCAUCCAUGGCAAGUUCUGCUGCAAACCCCAACCUGGAGAACGGGUGGCACAACAGAUACUACGGCCUGGCAAGCAGGCAUUCAGUUCAGACUGCUGAGCUCCAGGCCAGGCAGGGGAAAGCAGAGGGCCGAAGGGAGGACAUCGAGAAACCCCACUGGGUAAACAGCAAUGAACCAAGCUUCCCAGGUACAUUGAAGACAAACAUUAAGGCAAAAUACUCUCUACCUCAGUCCCAGCUGCCUUAUAGUGAAAACAAGGAGCGCCAUUCCCAUCAGGGGAAAGGUCUACAAACCUCUGAACCUUCUGUUCAAAGCCACAGCUCAGAGGAUGCUGCAAAGAGAGAUGAAGGCCAUGCUAAGGACGUUAAAAGACACCUCCCAACACACCAAAGUAAUGAUCAUAAGGUUAGUCUUUCAAGGCAUCAAGACCCAUGGUUGCCUCAAGAAGAUCAGCGGAUAUCCCCCCUGAAAACCCCACUUCUCCACUCCCUGGCCCAGGAGAGUAGGAGUCUGGCUGUGAGGCAACCAGCAACUACAACCGUGGGUGUCAUGUCCGCCCAGGGUGCCAAUGACGCCACGGCUGCCAGCAGUGGAAAAUCUAAUCGCCGCGGCGACCGUUAUGCCACCUUCCUCCGCAAUGAGAUCCAGCAGAAGCGAGCCCAGCUGCAGAAGAGCCGGAGCGCUGCAACACUGAUGUGCGAUGCAGAGGAUGAGGAGUCAGAGGAGUGGAGAUCCACAAAGACUUCUGGUGUCUCCUCCUCCAACACCUACAAGGACCACCUGAAAGAGGCGCAGGCCAGGGUCCUCCAGGCCACGUCCUUCCAGAGACGAGACCUUGAGCCUCUUGGACCAGAAGCGGCAGUAGUUAAGACCACCACUGGACGCGUUAGAGGACGUAAGCGCUUCCCCCUGGCCAAGAGGAUGCACUCCUUCUCAGAGCCGGACAAGAUAGACAAAGUGGGAGUGGAGGGAGAACCUCAAACAGGGUCAUUUGGAGAGAGAAGGAACUUCUUUGAGACCAAACCAGCAUUUCCAAGGCCUGUGCUGAAGUCCAGUCAGGGUACAAACUUGAACCCUGAUGUUGGUGAGAUAGGAAAACCCAAAGAGAGAACUCCCUCUGGAGAUCCUGAGGAGGCUCACUCAGCUGCAGACCCCAAACCCCUCAGCCCUGGACAUGAGCAGGUCUUACUGGAGCAGCAGAGGCUCGGGACCUUUGCUGAGUACCAGGCCACGUGGAACAAACAGAAGAAGUCAUCAGAGGCCAAGACGCAAGGGAGGUUUCACUCGGCGGAGAACAUCUUGGAUGCAGAUGCCAAGGACAAGGCCGUGUGCAUCCACGAGAGAUCCCGAUCUUCUCCCUCUGCAGACUUCUACACACAGCAUAUUCCUUCACUAUGGAAAGACAACCACAUCCAGGAGAGCAGUUACAGAGGAAAACCGGAGAGCAGGCUGCGAUACCAACCCAACCACAGCCCACAGUCGGUCCCUCCAGUCCCAAGAAACCAGGGCCUGGUCCCAGGUCCCGCUGACCACAGGACCAAACCAGACUCUGCCAAUCCCUCCCACACCACACACUCCUCAGGUCCUCGCAGCCUCAGCCCCAACCCAGGCUCCCAGCACCCAUCCCAGCUUCCACAAACCAAGGGCCUCCUGCCUCCGCCCAGGCCCCAUUUAGGCCCAGAAACCACAUCCUCCCCCCAGGAAUUCCUCGCUGGCGCCCAGGCAGGCCCGGCAGCGCUCCAGCCUCUGUCCAGCUGCAGCUCUGACAGCCAGCACCAUGCUACUCCCCGGGAUUCCUCAGCCGGCCCCGCCCCGGCUAGCUCCCUGCACCUCGGCCGGGCGUCCAGAGCAGACGUGAGCGGAGAAGGUGGAGAAGGUGAGGUGGAGAAGGAGCGACCGCAGGCACCUUCCUCAUCAUCCCUGCUCCCCUCCUGGACCGCGGCUCUGUUUCUUCCCUCGACAGAUCGAGCGCGACCUCCAUCUCCACAGUUUGUACCCCUCAGACUGACUGACAGACCGCCGGCGGUGGUCGUGCAGGAUGACUCAACACUCAGGUCUGAAGAGGAUCUGACCCCCCCAGCUGAGAUGGAUGUGAACGGUCCGGUGAGGAAAGUCCCCGUGAGGAUUGUCCACUCUGAGAGCAGCUCGGAGCGAGAGGGCAGGGCUUACCUCCCCUGCAGCGCCUUCCAGCCGCCGGCGCACCCCCCCACCACAGGGGGCCCGGCCUCGUCCCCGUUCAGCACCUACACCCGCCAGGCCCCUCAGGCUCUAGUCCAGGACUCGGUCCCUGAGUCCAGCUCAGGGGAGGACGCCAAGAGAGAGGAACUGGCCAGGGACAUCAUGGAUAAAGACAAGUCCUUGGUGGACAUCUUGGACCAGAGCAGCAGGAUGACCACCAUGGACCUGAUGGAGGGACUCUUCCCCACAGAGGAGCAGAUCCUGGAGGGGGCCCACCAGCGCCGGAGGGCCUCCUGUGGCUCCAGACUGCCCACCUCAUCCCCCAGGAGCAUGGACAGGAGGGAGGAGGAGGACUUGUCUGCAGCUGCAGCGGCCUCUCUGGUCCCCAGCUCCUCGUACUACAACACGUCGGCUCCCAAAGCCGAGCUCCUCAUCAAGAUGAAGGACAUGCAGGACCAGCAGCUGGAGGAGCCGGACUCUGAGGACGAGCUGGACGUCGACCUCGCCAGUAAAAAGCAAGAGCUGAUCUCCAGCCUGGCGAGGAAGCUGGAGGUGCUGCGGGACGCACGGCAGAGCCUGCAGGACGACGUGGAGGACAACGAGGCCCUGGGCCGGGAGGUGGAGGCCACCGUGCAGCGCCUCUGUCAGCCCAACCAGCUGGACAAGUUCUGCAUGUUCGUGGGAGACCUGGACAAGGUGGUGAGUCUGCUGCUGUCCCUGUCGGGGCGGCUCGCCCGGGUGGAGAACGCUCUGAAUACCCUGGAAGACGAGGCCUCGCCAGAGGAGAAGCGAACCCUGACGGAGAAGCGUAAGCUGCUGAUGCAGCAGCACGAGGAUGCCAAGGAGCUGAAGGAGAACCUGGACCGGCGGGAGCAGCUGGUUUCCGGCAUCAUGGAAGCCCACCUGGAUGCCGAAAGCCUGGACGACUACCGGCACUUUGUGAAGAUGAAGUCGGCCCUCAUCAUCGAGCAGCGUAAACUAGAGGACAAGAUCAAGCUGGGCAAGGAGCAGCUCAAGUGCCUGGUGGACAGCCUGCCGCUGGACCAGAGGCCGCUGCUCUGACGCCUUCUUGUGGAGGAACAUCUGGUCUUUCAGAAGAAACACAGGACCAAGGUUGAGGCACUAGUUGGGGCAUCUUUUUUUUUUUUUGCUUACCUUUUUAGGGUUCUACAUGUAGCAUUUUGAUAUUAAUGUCAUUGCUAAAUUGUGUUCACGGCUGGAAGGACUUCAGAAGUGAAAUCUCACUUUUCAUAUUAUCUAGUUCCUCGGUUGAACCAGGAGUUGUUCUGGCCCUCCUUCUUCUAGGCCGUCUCCAAGCUCUGAUUCCUUCAGGAGUGACGUA